AUGUGGCAAGCCCAAGGCGACAUGGACGCUUUUCCUGAAAUGAGCAGAGUUGCAGAGAGCAGCCGCUCUCUUGGGACAAAUCAUCCGACUUACCUGAAGGCGUUGCAUUACCUUGGCCAGUGGUUCUUGGACUCAGACGAGCUUUCCCGUGCCGAAAUCCUGAUAUUUGAAGCAUGGAAUGGUCGACGGAAAACUCUGGGCCACAACCACCCCGACACAUUAGCAUCGUUCUUUGGUGUUGUCCUGUGGUUUGUCAUCAAGUUGGAAGUUACUCAAGCUCUCAAGCUCUGCCAUGAGUAUGACGUUUUGAAGAGCUUUGCUUGGGUAUAUGGAUUGGAUCAUUCAUGGACAGAGGAAGCAUCUUGCCUUGUUGCGACAUUGGAGUCUCCCCAAGACUUCGAUGCCGAGAAAGAGAAGAUGUUAGGUUUCUUGAAACACUUGAGGUUUUCCUACUGA